AUGACUUCAGAAAUAAUCACUAGUGAUGUAACUGCUUUAAUCAUACUGUUGAGCUUGGGCUUUAUUACUAGCGAAAAAAUCAUAAAUGCAUCUCAAACCAUAUCAGCUGAAGUACUAGCAUUCUCUCAACCAAAUAAAAUGGUCAUUCCAUAUGAUGCUUAUACUCCCUAUAUCAAUGUUGCUUUGAAAGAAUAUUCCUAUCUAUUCUCAUACAAUAAUGACAGACAUAAUAAUGGUGCUAAUCCUCACUUUAUGAAUAAGAAAUUAAGAUAA